AUGUGCUGUGAAUCCAGGUUACUCCUAGGUGCCCCUAAAGUGAUUAGAGAAGAGAAUAAGUUGUUAGAAAGAAGGAUUCUGCGGAAGAUCCUGGGACCGACUCAAGGAGAGGAUCUACUGUCCGAUCCCGACAUCAUAGGAGAAAUUAAAGCAGCUAGACUUCGCUGGCUCGGACAUGUAGAGAGAAUGCGAGAGGACCGAGAAGUGAAAAGAGCGUAUUUGGGGCGACCGAUUGGACAACGGCCCGUUGGACGUCCCAGAUACCGCUUCAGUGACGAGGUGCAGAAGGACUUGCAGUCUUUGGGUGCCGACUGCUGGUGGGACCUAGCCCGGGAUCGCAAAGCAUGGCGUCAUCUUGUGUCGGAGGCCAAGAUCCACUUUGGAUCGUUGCGCCGCAGCAAUAAAGUGCGGACGAAAAUUGAGCUGGAAAAUCUAGUGUCCGAGCCGAACAUCAUAGAAGAAAUUAAAGCAGCUAGACUUCGCUGGCUUGGACAUGUAGAGAGAAUGGGAGAGGAUCGAGCCGUGAAAAGAGCGCAUUUGGGGCGACCGAUUGGACGAUGGCCCGUUGGACGUCCCAGAUUCCGCUGGAGCGACGAGGUGCAGAAGAACUUGCAGUCUUUGGGUGCCGACUGCUGGCGGGACCUAGCCCGGGAUCGCAGAGCAUGGCGUAAUCUUGUGUCGGUGGCCAAGAUCCACUUUGGAUUGUUGCGCCGCAGAGUAUAA